AUGUGCAAUACUCCGGGGGUUGAGUAUUUGACCAGUCGCCUGAACGAAAUCAUCUUCAGUCGUUGGACACUAACCGCAUCGUUCGGACGCUUCAUCGCAUUUUUUUCUUCUUUAUUUUUUUCAAUAUUUUUUUUAUCGAAUUCACUCAAGUCAACAGUCGAGUGAAUUUUUUAAAAUUAUUUUUUUUAGUGAAAUAAAUAGUUGGGGAGUUCAGACGAUAUGACAAUUAUUCAUCUCGUCGCUUAUAUUUUUCUCACUUCAGGUGUCCACGUGAGUUUGCAGAGUGACGAAUCGUCUUGGACAUAUUCUGGUGAAAAUGGACCCGACAACUGGGGUCCCACCUGCACAACCGGAAAACACCAGUCCCCAAUCGACAUCGUCUCCGAGGACGCCAUCAAAGACGAUCUGGGCUCCCUCAAGUUCAUCCGAUAUGACUUUGCGUACGAGGGAAAGCUGUUGAACAAUGGCCACAGCGUGCAAAUAACUCUGUCAGGCGUACCUCUAUUUCUGAAUGGUGGAGGCCUGACCUCGACGUAUCAAUUCGAACAGAUGCACUUUCACUGGGGUGCUGAGCACACCGUUGACGGCUAUCAGGACGCUCUUGAGCUGCAUCUCGUGCAUUUUGAGAAGAAAUACGGCAAUGCUUCCACUGCUGCGCAGUAUAAGAAUGGCAUUGUUGUUAUUGCUGUUUUAUUCAAGUUGAGUGAUGGUGACAACAAAGAUCUCGAUCCAAUAGUCCAAGCGACUGAGAUGGUAGCCCACUGGAUAGGGCCCAGCACAGCAGAGAUUCAACAUAAAAUCAUCCCUCAGUUACUACUCCCGAAGGACACGACAUCCUUCUACAGAUACGAAGGAUCAUUGACAACACCGGGAUGCCAGGAGACUGUCACGUGGUUUAUAUUCACAGAAAAAUUGACGGUUUCACUGAACCAGUUGAGUGUCUUCCAGGAAUUGGAAACCGCCCAGGGUCCCCUAAAAUUCAACUUCCGACCGGUUCAGCCCAUCAACGACAGAAAAGUUUACCACCAUUUGUUAGGAUACACUUCAAACUCAAUAAUAUACACCAUUACGAAUAAGUUCUCCAAGUUGUUCUCAUUGAGACCCCUGUGCCGCCUCUACCACCGGUUAUUCUCGUCGUUUAAUAUCCAUGAAUUCAAGGAAAAACAGUAUCAGAAUGCAUGAGAAAACUUCAACGUUUUAUUAUAAGAUGAAUCAUUAUUCACUGAGGAUUGAUACCAUUGAAAUUUACAGUGAGUUUAAUUUUUUUUAAAUUUAGGUUCCUUCAAAAAUAUACAUUCUCACGUCUCUUUAA